GCGAAUUGUCAGCAAGAAGUGGAUCGUUGUAGUCAGCCUUAGUGGUUGAGGCAAGUGUGUGCUUCUGAGAGAAGGAAUGGCCGUGGUGGUACAAAGAUUUCACUGGGGCCGUAAAGGAUUUAGUGACAAGAGAAUUUAAGUCCUCACGAGCAGAAAGAAGUCGGGCGUGCGUUUGAAGCCCGAUCUUCCGGGACCUGUGCUUUGCACUUUCCUUGGAGACCCGGUGAAACUUCAGCCUGCGUAGGCUGAGGUCAGAAGUGCCCGCCAAGAUGGAAGUGAAUCCCCCCAAACAGGAGCACCUGCUGGCGCUAAAAGUGAUGCGAUUGACUAAACCUACUUUGUUCACCAAUAUUCCUGUAACGUGUGAAGAGAAGGACUUACCUGGUGAUCUCUUUAACCAGUUAAUGAAAGAUGAUCCUUCAACUGUAAAUGGUGCAGAGAUUUUAAUGUUGGGAGAAAUGUUGACUUUACCCCAAAAUUUCGGGAAUAUAUUUUUGGGAGAGACCUUUUCCAGUUAUAUCAGUGUUCACAAUGACAGCAAUCAAGUUGUAAAAGAUAUAUUGGUGAAGGCGGAUCUGCAGACGAGUUCUCAGCGUUUAAACCUUUCAGCCUCCAGUGCUGCUGUGGCUGAACUUAAACCCGACUGCUGUAUUGAUGACGUCAUACACCAUGAAGUAAAGGAAAUUGGCACUCACAUCUUGGUGUGUGCUGUGAGUUACACAACUCAGGAUGGAGAAAAAAUGUACUUUAGGAAAUUCUUCAAAUUUCAGGUCCUCAAACCAUUGGAUGUGAAAACCAAAUUUUACAACGCAGAGAGUGACCUCAGUUCUGUGACUGAUGAAGUAUUUCUUGAAGCACAAAUUCAGAAUAUUACAACCUCACCAAUGUUUAUGGAGAAAGUUUCACUAGAGCCAUCAAUAAUGUACAAUGUAACAGAAUUAAACUCGGUGACCCAAGCUGGAGAAUGUGUAUCUACAUUUGGGUCCAGAGGAUAUUUGCAGCCAAUGGAUACACGCCAAUACUUGUACUGCCUAAAGCCCAAGAAGGAAUUUGCAGAAAAAGCCGGCAUCAUUAAGGGAGUGACAGUAAUUGGGAAACUGGAUAUAGUGUGGAAAACAAAUCUAGGUGAAAGGGGACGGUUACAGACCAGCCAGCUUCAAAGGAUGGCUCCAGGUUAUGGGGAUGUUAGGCUGUCUUUAGAGGCCAUCCCAGACACAGUAAACCUAGAAGAACCUUUCCAUAUUACCUGCAAAAUCACAAACUGCAGUGAGAGGAUGAUGGACCUCGUGCUGGAGAUGUGCAACACCAAUUCCAUCCACUGGUGUGGGAUCUCAGGACGACAGCUGGGGAAACUGCACCCCAGCUCCUCGCUCUGCCUGGCCCUGACACUCCUGUCCUCAGUACAGGGGCUCCAAAGUGUCUCUGGCUUAAGACUCACUGACACAUUUCUAAAGAGAACAUACGAAUAUGAUGACAUCGCGCAAGUCUGCGUGGUCUCAGCAGCCGUGGAAGUGGAAGCCUAAAGAAAAUUCCUAAUGUCAGACUUCUUGUUUAAUCACAGAAAUGCUCUCCGUAUUUCGUCAGCUUUGUGCAGUGAUCAGUAGUGAAAACAAGUAUAUGUUAUUUAAAUGUUUCCUGUAAAACAGUUGAAUUUUAAACAUUUGUUGUAAAAACACUAGUUUUAUCUUUUGAAUUAUAUUCUAGAGGAACAAAACAUUUCUUUAUUUUCUGUAUAUAUUUUGUGUCCUUUAAGAUAACUGUCAUUUUUUUUGUUUUCAACAAGCUCAUCUUUGAGGCUUUUUGUCUAACAAGUAUAUAAAAAGCAGUCAGCAAGCCUUUUUGUAAAGGGCUGGGUAUCAGAUGUUUUAUGCUGGGUGAACAGAUGAAUUCUGCCGUCUGAGUACGCUAGCAGGUGUAUCCUUGGUUGAUGGACCUGCUUGCUAAGGCCCCUAGGCUACACACUAACUCUGCUGGAAGACACCAUUUGCUUUAGGAUUAUCGAAUUUCCAUGAUACUUGAUAUAGAAAGUUAGCUGAACUAAUCAUAGUCAACUGCAAUCUCUUUCCUAGGUGCUUAGUCAACAAAGAGAGGCCUGUGUAAAACACUGCAGCCCCCUCCUGCAGCCUGAUUAUUUCCUAACUCACGCAGGAGAAACAUCUUAGUUGUUUUCAAAAUUGUUGUAUGGUUGCAUGUCUGUCUCAGUGUACACAUACCAACACACGUUAACAGACACUCAAGAGCAGGCCAGGAUUGAUUGAUUUAAUUAGCUUUCAACAAUGUUAGCAAUUAUUUCACUUUAAUCUAAAGACUCCUGGGGGUUUUCCCUACUGAAGAAUAAAGAGCUUAUUUUCAUAAUAUACAUUUAAAUGAUUCCAACUUCACAUCUGAUUUUUUUUUUUCUUUUGGUUUUUGGAGACAGGGUU